GCUUAGGGAAGUGAGCGAGGAUGUGACGUCGUGCGGGAAAGAACGCCGACGUUCCGCUCCGGGCCAGGGCGGGCGGGCGCGCGCUUGUGGCCAGCCAUGGCGUACUCGACGUUCCGCAAGGUGGCCCUGGCCUCUUGCUUGGUGCUGUGCGUGUCGCUGCUGCUGCCCAAGGUCUUCCUUUCGCGGGGCUGGAGGCAGCCGGAGCCCAGCGCUGCGCCGCCUACUCUGGUCGCCGCGCCCGAGGGAAAGACCAGUCAGUUUCCUCCAACAAUGCAUCCCCAGAUGUCUCCAGAAACCAGACCACCCACUACCCAUUUCCCAAGGUCUCAUCUUGCGGAAGCAGUUGCAAAGGCCAAGGGUGGAGGUGGAGGCGGCGGUGGAGGUGGAGGAGGUGGCGGCGGCAGUGGAAGAGGUCUUGUGGGACAAGUCAUCCCAAUAUAUGGAUUUGGGAUCCUUUUAUACAUAUUGUACAUUCUUUUUAAGCUUUCUUCUAAGGGGAAAACCACAACAGUUGAGCGGAAAUGUCCUCCGUCAUCAUCUGGAAACACAAACAGGAAAAUCACUGACUAUGAGCUUGCCCAACUUCAAGAUAAGCUGAGAGAGACUGAAGAAGCCAUGGAGAAAUUAAUCAAUAGAGUGGGACCCAACUGUGAAAGUCGGCCCCAAAACGUCACGACUGAUCAAGAGAAAAGACUACUUCAGCAGCUCCGAGAAAUUACGAAGGUCAUGAAAGAAGGCAAACUCAUAGAUGGAAUCUCCCCAGAGAAAGAAGCUGAAGAGGCUCCGUAUAUGCAGGACUGGGAAGGUUAUCCAGAGGAGACCUAUCCUGUCUAUGAUAACUCUGACUGCGUCAAGCGCAGACAGGACACAAUCCUUGUGGAUUACCCUGACCCCAGCCAGCCUUCGGCUGAAGAGAUAGCAGAGAGAAUGGCGUUUGUGGACGAUGAGGAGUGUUUAUGUAGUGAAACCGUUUUGUCUGCUCUCGCCAUAGUGAACAGUGACCCUGCAGCAGCCCACGAGAUGGAGGGCCAGCACGGUGACCAGAGUGGCACUGGCCACGACCCUGAGAAGUGCUACUGCUGCCACUUCGAAGAGGACGACCCUGCUGUGAUAGCGGAGAACGAGGGCUUCUACCCCGAAAACUGCGGUGAAAUGGAAGAUGCUGCAGCCCAGGAGGAGCUGCUGCUAGAUUCCGACCUUGAAAAUGCUGCACCCCAAGAGCAGAACGAGGAAAAUCCAGACGAAAUGGGCAUUCUGAGGAAGCGAAACACGAAGGGCAUAGCGUUGCUGGGACACUGAGGAUCAAACGCGGAAGGCUAUCUCUCCUUCUAGAAACUGGGCUAAACUGCUGCUUGCAAGACAAAGGCUUGUCUCCGUUGUUGCGUACCCAGCUGCUGCAUAUCUUUUGCGUUUGCUGCUUAUUUGGAUCGAAAAUGAGUAGCCCCCCACUAGUUCAUCAGCCUGGUCACUUCAGCAUCAACUGCCUUGCAAUCACAGAAUCAUCGUUGGAAGGGACACCAAGGAUCAUCUAGUCCAACCCCCUGCAAUGCAGAAAUCUCAACCAAAGCAACCAUUACAGAUGGCCUCCAACCUCUGCUUUAAAGCCCCCAAGGAAGGACAGUCCGCUGAGAGAGUCCAUCCUACUGUUGAACAGCUCUCACCGCCAGAAAGUUCUUAGUUGAAAUCUCCUUUCUAGUAACUUGAAGCCAUUGGUUCGGGUCCUACCCUCCAGAGCAGGGGAAAACAAGCUUGCUCCAUCUUCCGUGUGACAACCCUUUAGAUAUUUGAAGAUGGCUAUCAUGCGUAUCUCCUCUCAUUCUCCUCUUAUUCAAGCUAAGCAUACCCGACUCCCUCAAUUGUUCCUCAGAAGGCUUGGUUUCCAGUCCCUUGCUUGCUAUAGCCUCCCAAGGCGUCUAAAUCAAGAUAGCUUCCCAUUGUGCCUUCUUUCAGCCUCUCCUCCUGUAUAAAGUAAUCCAGUAGGGAAUUUUCCCACUGUACUUCUAACACCUUCACCAAUGUUAACCAUUCGUCAGGUUGAGGCAGCCUGUUUUAGAUACCCUUAAAAGGAUAGCAGAUAAUCA